AUCUCGUAUCCCCACGCACAGUGCUGGAGCAUAACGCUAUGCUGGCGGACAACUGGUCACUUGUCACACAGACUGCGGGAGCUGCGGAGGAAGAAGAUGUCGGUGGCGGUGAAGAGAGGAAUAAGCGCUAAAAACGAGUCCAGAAAAUGUGCGGCGCGGUUCUGGACGCUCUUUCCUCACCUUUUGCUGUGUCUUUCUCUGGUCGCAUAUGCAGCGCUAGGUGCGCUCAUCUUCCGACACAUUGAAGGCGGAAGCCUCUCCAACACCCAAAAGGAGUACCUGAAGUUUUUGGGUGAGAUUGUAAGCACCGUCCAAGACGCAAUCAAUAACGGAUCCUACACUAAUGAUGAUAUAGUGGGGAAAGUGGAGCAGAAGAUGCAGUUUUUCAAAUCCGUAUGGUUCCAGAGACCUGACAGAUGGGAUUUUUUUGGCUCCAUGUUCUUCUGCUGCACUGUAUUCACAACAGUUGGGUAUGGUGAGAUUUAUCCAGUUACCCUGACUGGUAAGGUGGCGUGUGUGGUAUAUGCAAUGGUGGGCAUCCCUCUCAUGCUUUUGGUCAUCCUUGAUGUUGGAGACUUCCUAGCCAUGGUGAUGUCCAGAGCCUACAUUCACAUUCACACCCUUUUCAAAAUUCUCCGCUCCCAUACCUGGUCACCACGGAAGGCUCAGAAGAAAGCAGCAACCUCAAGCCACAGAGAACUGGAGGACGGUACCUUUGUUUUUAGUCAUGACGUAGUGAUCCGUGAGCCCCUUGACAUCCGGCAGGUUCUUCACAGCCAGUCAGAUGUACGGCACAAGUCCAUCCACCUACAAAACAACAAAGAGAUCUUUGAGAAGAUUCUUGCCAGGGAGAAUUUACUGAGAAAGGACCCGCUACUCAGGAGCCUGUCGUGCCCUGAACUAGACCGUCUGCCACCACCACCCAAAGGAUUUGCUAUAUGGGACUUCACGGGGUUAGGAGAUGGAAUGGAAAUGCUGAAUGUACCCUUUGUAUUGAUCCUUUUCAUUGUGUUUGCCUAUAUUUGUUUUGGAGGUCUAAUUCUGCCAUUGUGGGAAACUGAAUUCAUAGACUUUGACCCUUUCUACUUCUGCUUUAUCACACUCACCACCAUUGGUUUUGGUGACAUAGUACCCAAACACCCUAAGUACUUUAUGCUUACUUCACUUUUCAUCAUUGUUGGUAUGGCAAUUAUGUCUAUGGCUUUUAAGCUGAGCCAAACACGAAUUGUAAGUUGUUAUCGCCAGUGCAUCAAAUUCAUCAGCAGAGGAAAUGUGGGGACUCUCAAAAAUUAAAAGAAAGACUUAGUCAUGAAAAGGUUCUCUGCCUCAUGUAGAAGAGUUGUACAAGCUCAAACAGGACCAUCCAGUGAACUCUUUGUGUGGCCUGUUUGGUUGGAAGCAUGAGCAAAAUAGAAAAUGUGCAUGUGCCAGACCCUUCUGUGCAGGGACGUUUUUUGGUUGGUUGGCAAGAUCCCCCAUAUUUCCACUGCUUUGUUGAACCUGUUGUUAUCCUGCAAAUAUACUGUGCAAUGCCAAAUUUUCACUCAAUUUACAUGUUGUUGCAAAGAACCUGAUAUCAUAUAUUAAAACAUGUAAUUCUUCCAAGCCAAACACUUUCUUUUGACAGUUCCACAAGUGUUUUGUUUAUUUAAAUAAAGACUCAGUGUAGGAACAGGGCGUUGACUGACUAUAUAAUAAUAAUAAUAAUAAUAAUAAUAAUAAUAAUAAUAAAAAACACAAGAUAGAAGUUUGGUACUGUAUUCUAGAGGAAAUGCAGAUUCUAAAUUGCUUUAUCUGUUUAGUUAUAUAAGACAGAUAUACCAAACAGUCACAACAUUAGAAGCACUGACAGGUGAAGUAAAUAACUCUGAACCUGCCAUGACCUGAAUAUAGGAUAUUCUCAAACACAGGCAAAACCAGAUUAUAUUUGUAAAAAGUUAGCCUGACCAUGGCUUUUUCUAAACUAUUUGCUGUGUCUAAUGUGUUGGUUGGUGAUCGAUUGAUAGGACAAUGACUGCCCUGUAUCAGGAAACAAAUCAGCCUUUCAGCAGAACAUAAACACAUCUCAUCUCAGCGGAGGAAGAACAGUUUAAGAAAAGUACUCUGCAGCUAGCCUGCCCUGAUACACUUCACUUCCCCUUCUAUUCUCUUUUACUAUGCAUGCAUUUAUUCGGUACUCACGUAUCACAUGUUAUUAGCUGUGUGUUCCUCUCUCCAUCUCCAUUUCACCAACAUGCAUUAGCUAUAUUUAGUACUGUUUUUGUAUCAUGUUUAGCUGUUGCAUGUAUGCUUUACUCAGAUGUAUGUACAUUACAGAUGUACGUUUAGUUCCUCCCACUGCUUUAUUCCCACUCUCUCUCUUCUCUGUCUCUACCUGACUGCCUCUACAUGGAUUCCACCAUAUGACCUGGGUUCUCCUCAAGGUUUCCUUCUGUUAAUAGUGACAUUUCCCAUACCACAAUUAAUUGAAUUGAAUUGAAUUAUUACAAUAAAGAAACUGCAGAGAAAGGAAA